GACAAUUACACCAAGGAGCAAAAAUGAAAAACUGGAAGCAGCAUAAUAAUACAAAAAAGGUUCAUGAGAAGCUAUAUGCUCCGAGUGAUCCUAAAGAUUUAUCAUCUAAUACAUAUUUUACAUUAAUAGUCAAAAAUAUGUUUGUUUCCAAGGAAGAGCAUACAUAUGAGAAUGCUGUCUGGACACAGACAGUGCUUGAAAUAAUAUUCAACGAAGAAUACUUUUCAUCCAAAAUUGAUAUAGAGUAUGUUGAUAUAUGGACUAAACGAAUUAUGACUAAUGAACAAAACAUAA